AUGACCUUGUCCAGAGGUCAAAAACUCAGACCUUCUCAUCCGCUUACUCGAUUGACAGCGCAUAUUGAUCACCAGGGGAUUCCUCGCGUUGGCGGACGUCUCAAGUUUGCUCAGCUCGAAAAUGAUAGCAAACAUCAAGCUAUUAUUCCGAAAGAGUCUCAGUUUGCUCAGCUCAUCAUCAAGGAUGCUCAUCUCAGGACUCUUCACGGUGGAACGCAGCUCACGCUUGGACAGCUCAGACGAUUUUACUGGAUCCUCGGAGGUCGAGGGCCAGUAAGAUCAUUUAUAUUAAAGUGCGUUCCAUGUGCGCGACAGCGAGGAAUCAGAGCCCAACAACUCAUGGGCCAACUCCCAGUAGCACGUCUCUCUCCUGGCCGUGCCUUUCUCAAUACUGGAAUUGAUUACGCCGAACCAGUUUCGCUCCGCUCAUGGAACGCACGUGGCCAUAAAUCCUAUAAAGGCUGGUUCACGAUUUUCGUUUGUAUGACCACGUCGGCGGUUCAUCUCGAAAUCGUCUCAGAUUACUCGUCUGACGGCUUCAUGGCAGCGUAUCAUCGUUUUGUCGCUCGGCGCGGGCUUUGUAGGAAUUUGUUCUCAGAUUGUGGAACAAAUUUCCUUGGAGCCAACAAAGAAAUAAAAAAGCUCUUCUCAAUGGCGUCCAAGGAAUCGGGCCAGCUUGCUCAUCUCUUGCUCAACGACGGUACAAGGUGGUCUUUCAACCCACCAGGUGCUCCUCACUUCGGAGGAAAGUGGGUAGCAGCAGUCAAGUCGAUUAAGUUCCAUCUCAAACGUACAAUUGGAGAAGAUCUGCUCACUUUCGAGGAACUAACCACUCUCCUUCCUCAAAUCGAAGUCGUGCUCAAUUCUCGACCACUUGAGCCUCCCUCAGAGGACCCUGAUGACAUCUCAGCGCCCACUCCAGGACAUUUCCUGAUCGGACAUGUGCUAACCGCUCUGCCAGAACCUUCUCUAGACAAUUUGAACAUCGCUCGUUUACCUCGUUGGCAGCUCAUCCAGCAGAAAGUUCAGAGCUUCUGGAAAAGGAGGUCCACCAGUUAUCUUCAGCAUCUCCAGUCCAUCUCCAAGUGGCAUCACCCAUCUCACGACAUCAAGAUCGGCUCUAUAGUCCUUCUCACCGACGAGAAGUUUCCACCGACGAAAUGGCCUCUCGCUCGAGUUACCGCUCUCCAUCCUGAUAGAGAUGGGCUCACCAGGGUGGUAACCAUCAAGACGUCCAGCUCUACUCUUCAGCGGCCCAUCGCUAAGCUCGCCCUGCUACCAAUCUCGAUCAGCGACUUCUGA